AAAAUGUAAUGGAGAUUGUUGUCCAGAAGGAUAGCAUGGACUUCAUCUUCAAGUCAAGGGGGGCAAAGGUCUUUACAUGCAGCUCAAUGCUACUGCCCCAAUUCUCGCCUUGUAUGCCAACCCUGAAGCCUGUUUAAAGAAGGACUUUAGAGUUAAGCGCUCUAGUGUGGCUUAUUUAGUGCAGAUGCUUUCCUCCCCAAAGGACCACGGAUGGGGACAAGACAUCGAGGUGCUUGUUCUCCUCUACAGCUUGGCCCAUGGACUAUCGCUCUCUGUGGUGAGUUCAGCAUUCGGGAUUCCCAAAUCGACGGUCCACAGGAUCACCAGACACGUCAUCGGGAAGAUAAAGGCCAACCUGAAGACCCUAAUUUCCCUGCCAACCGCAUAUGAGCUUCCAGAGAUUGGAGACGGCUUCUAUCAGCUUGCCAAGAGCCCUGCAUUUCACCGUGCUGCUGGUGCGAUUCAUGGAUGCCACAUACGCAUCAAACCUUCAGGAAACGAGUACCACAAAGACUGCAUAAACUACAAGCUGUUUCUUUCCAUCCAGAUGCAGGCCAUCUGUGACUCAACUGGGAGAUUCCUGGAUGUUUUCAUUGGCUAUCCAGGCUCCGUUCAUGAUGCCAGAGUACUUCGCAACAGCCCCAUCUUCUGCCAGGCACUGUUUCCCCCAGCUGGUUGGUUCCUUGAGGAUUACUCAAUGUCCCUCAUGGCCAGGUGCAGGCCAGAUUCAACGCGCAUCAUGCCAGGGCUCGGUGUGUGGUGGAAAGAGCAUUUGGAAGGAUGAAGACUCGCUGGAGGGCCACCCUUUUCAAAGCGCUGGAGGUCAGUCCAAGCUUUGCCCCUGACAUCAUUGCAUGUUGUGCAUUUCUGCACAAUCUGUGCAUAAACAUGAAUGAUGUCCUUGAGGAUGCUGAAGCCUUCCCCCCUGAAGAUCAGGACCAGAAUCCUCCCCCUGCCGCAGCAGGUGGACAGGAAAGUCCUAGACACCACCUAAGGGACAGGAUUGCUGCACAACUCUCUGCUCCUGUCCAAAUGGCACCACACCUGAGAGAGCACGACUACAUUUAAUGUACUUUGUUUUUGUGUGUUUUUUUUUGGCAAAACGUGGUUCUCUGUUAACUUGGGUUUUUUAAAUUAUGUGCACACAUACCUGAUUUAAUUUGUGUUUGUUAGCGAGCUCCACUUCUCACUUUAGAGAAAAGAGGUGAAAUUAAAAAAACCUGUGCAACGUUGAUUUCAAACUUGGUUUUCCUCAAUUGUCUUUCUGCAUAAUCCCAAAUUGGAGACAAAUGUCCUUACCUCUUGGAUCAUUCAAUCACAUUAUAGGAGCACAGAACAAAGGUUCAGAAAAUGAAGACAGGUCUUCUAAUACAAUCACUUUUGUUUUUGAGUGCAACUCUGCAAAUGGUUUGACAUGAGCAAUUAAUGCCGUAAAUGGCAUGUAUAUUUUAAUGCCUUAUACCUAUGAAGCGCACACGCAUAUCUUUAUUUAAAAUGCUGAUAUCCAGGGUUAAU